AUGUCUUCCAAGAAGCCAGCCUCUAAAACACCAACCGAGAAGAAGCCAGCCGUCGAGGGCGUCGAUGCUGCCAACGCUGCCAAGCAAGACAAGAAGCUCCGCCACAAGAAGCGUGCUGAACACUUCUCAUCCUACAUCUUCAAGGUUCUUAAGCAGGUCCACCCAGAUAUCGGUAUCUCCAACAAGGCUAUGAUGGUCAUGAACUCUUUCGUUACAGAUAUCUUCGAACGUAUCGCUCAGGAGGUGCACGCCUUGUCGAUAUGA